AUGUUUACGACCCUUCCAGAGUACAAGGCCCUUGAAGCGAAACAUGCUGCGAUGGCAUCCUUUGUGAUGAAGGACGCUUUUGCGAAAGACCCGUCACGGUAUGCCAAGUAUACUCUUCAAUUUGAAGGCAUUCACUUUGAUUACUCGAAAAACCUUAUUGAUGAAGAAACAAUGAAGCUGUUGCUUGCACUUUGCAAUGCCGUCGACUUGAAGAAGAAAAUCGAAGCUGAGUUCACAGGAGAAAAGAUCAAUGUCACCGAGAAGAGAGCAGUCUUGCACACCGCGUUAAGAAAUAGAGACAACACACCCGUCCUUGUUGAUGGGAAAGAUGUGAUGCCAGAGAUCAACGCCGUCUUAGCUAAGAUGGGGAAGUUCUGUGAGGGUGUAAGAAGUGGAACUAUUAAGGGAUAUACCGGAAAGGAAUUCACUGAUGUUGUUAACAUUGGGAUUGGAGGAUCAGAUCUUGGACCCGUCAUGGUGACGGAAGCUCUUAAAUUCUAUAAACACCCAAGACUCACAUUCCAUUAUGUUUCGAAUGUGGACGGGACUCAUAUGGCUGAGGCCCUAA